AUGUUCUCUAGUAACGAGUGGGAGGAAUGCAAAUUUUCCGGUACCCCUAAAGGAAGAGCCUCAUAUGGAAUGGUGACAAGUCUCCAAUUUUGGGCCGAUGUGACCCAAUGUUUAAAAGUGUUUUCUCCUUUGGUGAAAGUCCUUCGAAUGGUUGAUGCGGAUUGGAAGCCCUCAAUGGGGUUUGUGUAUGGUGAGCUUAAAGUAGCAAAAGAAGAAAUUAUGAAAGCUUUGGGUGGCAACGAGAAAGCUUACAAGCCUAUUAUAGAUAUCAUAAACAACAAGAUGAAAGGUAGGCUAGAUUCAAAAUUACAUUUGACGGCCUAUCUUUUGAAUCCUUAUUACCAUUAUAAUGAUUCCCAACUCCAACAUGAUCCCGACGUAAUGGAUGCGGUUCUUGAAUUUUUUGAUGCAUUACUUUUUGAAGAUUUUGAGAUGCAAAGACAAGUCGUGAUGAUUGAUUUGCCAAAAUACAAGGAAAAAGUUGAUAGAUUUGGAGCAGGUCUUGCAAUUAAAGGUUGUAUGGUGAACAAUGCCGACUUUGAUCCGGCAAGAUGGUGGGGACUUUUUGGCGGCUCAACUCCUCAUUUGAAAAAAAUUGCAAUGCGGAUUCUUUCUUUAACUAGUAGCUCAUCGGGCUGUGAAAGAAAUUGGAGCACGUUUGAAGCGAGAAAAGAUAGGACUUUGGAAGUGCUUUUAGCAAAUGAUUCUCACUCGGCUCAAGAAUGGAUUAUAGAUGGAGAUGACGGUGAUGGAGAUGAAGUUGACCCCGAAUCAGUUAUGGAAGCGAUUGAUGAAGCUCUCAAGACUAAUGAUACUCAAGUACCCCAUAAAAGUUCAACAACGAGAGAACUUUACGAUGAAGAUUUCGAAUCCGAGAAUGAGGAGCAAGUGUUUGAAGAAGAUGAAUAUGAGUCGGAUGGAGUUAAAAUAGUGGAAGAACUUGAAGAUUAG